UUUUUAAAUACCGGUAAAGUCUGUGCAAUUUAUACGCGAGGAAUCUCAGUGGACCCGAAACCAUUCAUCCAUGCUAAGUUAGCUGAACAGCUAGCUGUUGGCUAAUAUUAGCUGCACUUGUGGCACUGCUGCUGAAUUGCUUUUUAACAAUAAAAUUAAUCUUAUCUCCCGGAAUACGAAACGUAUGUGAUUUCAACGAGAUAGCAACACACUCAUAUAUUUACUUGCAAGCAGUGUAACGUUAUUUUAAAGCUAUUUAAAAUGAAUGACGUUAACUGGUUUCCAUUCGGAUUUAGCUUAUUAGUUAGCAUAGCAGGUGAAACGUUAGCAGUGUUGUCGCAGAGUUUGCUGGGAAGAAUAUGCACUGUUGUACUUUUCAUGAAGUGGGGCCGGUAAUGGCUAUUUUAACUUUGUUGUAUUGUGUUUCCGCCAUCGUCAUCCUUUUGUCGGUAUUGUUUAUCUCGUGGUUUUACCUUUUUUUUUUUUUUUUGUUUGUUUUUUUGUUGCCAACAGUUUGUCUAAAAUGCCCUGGCACAUGCAUUCAGAUUCAUAUACACUGCCAGACUCUUAAUAUGCUAAACCACAUGUGCAUCACCUAGCAAUUCUUUUCCUCAAUUUGCAUAUUGAUUUAUUCGAUAAAGUCAAACCACCCAAAAGAUGGAAGACAAGCUGAAUGGAUUCCCUGUUGUCUCCCCGGAGUAUCUUCAGCAGUGGGUUCAGUCUGCACAGCAGUUUCAAGCUCUCCAGGCCCAAUAUUCCGGCUUCAACCACCAGUCUCACUACCCAGAGGGGCAGACGGGAGAGACGGCCAUGGCACACAUGGCUUAUCCAGAACCCAUGAUGGAGGAGCAGGAACCUGCCAACCUGGCAAAACCUCCAGCCAAAAAAAGAGGCAGAGCGGCUCAACCCAAGGCACCAAAACCACCUAAAGUCCCCAAGGCACCAAAGCCACCAAAGCCACCAAAACCACCAAAAGUCCCCAAGGAACCAAAGCCACCUAAGGACCCAAAUGCACCGAAAGCCAAACCCGGUCCUAAAUCCAAGAAGGCCGCUGAGGCUCAGGCAGAUGGCAAGCAAGAGAAGAUAGAUGAGAGCUUCAAGAAGGUGAAGAGGAAAAUCGACCGCUUCAAGGGAAUGUCGGAGGAGGAAGUCAUGACAAAAACUCUGCCAGACCUGCUGGAAUACAACCUGGACUAUGUCAUUAUUGGUAUCAACCCUGGACUGAUGGCGGCUUUCAUUGGACGGUGGUUUCCAGGUCCUGGAAAUCAUUUCUGGAAGUGCCUCUUUCUGUCUGGGUUUACUGAGGAGCUGCUCACCCACAUGAGCGACACCGCCCUGCCUGGCAAGUACAAAAUGGGCUUCACCAACAUGGUGGCCAGGGCGACACCAGGGAGCAAAGACCUCUCAACUAAAGAGUUGCGUGAAGGAGGCAAAAUCCUCGUAGAGAAGCUGAAGAAAUUCAAGCCUCUUAUUGCUGUUUUUAAUGGAAAAUGCAUCUAUGAAAUGUUCUGCAGAGAGAUGUUUGGCAAGAAACCAAAGAAACUUGAUUUUGGUUUGCAGCCACACAAGAUCCCCGACUGUGAUGUGGCUCUGUAUCUGAUGCCCUCGUCCAGCGCUCGCUGUGCUCAGUUCCCUCGAGCUCAGGACAAAGUGCACUUCUACAUCAAACUGAGGGAGCUCAGGGAUCAGCUGAAGGGGGUCCGGAAGCCCACCGAGAUCGAGGAGGUCGAUUACUCAUUCAACCUGUCGUUGGCUAAGGAGGAUGCCAAGAGGAUGGCGAUAAAGGAGGAGCAGUACGAUCCCGGUUACGAAGAUGCCUUCGGUGGAGUGUAUGCAGAGAGAGGAGCCGAAGGGGAUGCGGCCAAAAGCCAGACCAACGGUCACUGUACGUUCUCCACUGCAGAAAACACAGAAGGAGCACAGGAGGCGACCACGUCCCAGAUACCAGAGGGCCAGCUCCCAGACGGACAGUGGAUGACCCAGUCCUUCGCAGACCAGAUCCCAGACAUCGGCGGGGCUCCAAAGGAGGCCCCCGUAUAAGGAAAAGACUUUAGAUCCUUUUCUUUUUUUAUUAGCGUCCGAGUGGAACAUACACACAUAGAUGGACUUUUUUCGUAGCGUUUUUGUGGAUUAUUCUCUCUGCAUUUUCUUUGUUUCCAUUUGUUUGUGGUCUUGUACUAAUGUAUGAUCAUCUUCACGGCAGUCUCUUUUUAAAUAUGUGAAAUCAGGGACUUGACAAUGAUGCUCGACUGUCUUUGAAGAAGGUCAUGUAUUUAAGCGUUUGUGUUGCCUUCGUACUGCACGAUGAUGCGAGUGUAAACAUUCACAGAUGAACCUCCGGAUGGUUUGAUCGAUCAGUGUGAGCCGUUAUGAUCCUCUGUGAUUUGGGUAUUUUAGUUUUACCCUCAUGGUGCUAUGAACUGACCGCGAUGCAAAGUGAUCACUGGAUGAACUCAUCAUGCAUGUUAGAGAUUCCACAGAGGGAAUUCCUGGCAAGCCUUUCAACAUGUUACAGGUUAUACUUUCAUCUUUUAUCAUCACUUUUUAUUUUUUUUUGGGGCUUUAGGAAUUUUAGGAUUACAUUUUGUAUGUUUAUGAAAAUGUCAUUCGCGAGGACUUUUAUGAAACGUGUCCAUUAAAACGUCUUGAUGAA